UUCCGCACGGUCUCGGUCGCACAACUCGUAUGAAGAAGGUAAACAUGGCAGCCGCUACCAACGCCGGUGACAUUUCAGCGUCUAUCGCGCGUAUUUUGAAUGAAAAACAUCGGCCCGAACACUUGGAGACUCUCAAAACGUUUACAACCGCGUUACGGGAGCAGGAAUACAGGGAUGUUGUGGACGGAGAGGCUUUCUCCACUCUUCUGAAGGUCUUAUCCCGACUGAGUGACACGCUCCAAGCAGCCAGCGCCACCCAUCAGGACCUGAAAUCCAUCGCCUUGCAGCUGCAGCUCGCCGGCGAGUGCUUCCGGGCCCUGAGGAACUCCUGUGUACAAAGUGCUCGCAACCAGAGCCUCCUCAGGGAACUUGGUUUGAUUGAUGUUUCAAUUCAGCUCCUGAAAUUCCUUCACACAACUUUGAAAAGCGGGGAUGGCGUCUUUGAGUCUCUGCGUUGUGGGGUCCAGUUUCUUGGUAAUCUCGCUGUGGGGAACCAGCUUUGUAAAGAUGACAUUUGGCGGCUGAGCUUUCCUGGUCUUCUCUUGCCGCUGCUCAAUAUAGACGAUGAGAAGACGGUGAGCUACGCUUCCAUGGUGCUCCACACGUGCCUGGAUGAAGCCAAGGUGGAAGAACUGGCCCAGCUGCAGAACAUCCAGCUGGCCCUCAGAGUGAUGGAGCUCUGCCGAACCCAACCUGAGCUGGACUGGACGGUUCUUAUUGCAACUCAGCAUUUUCUGAAGUCUUCAGCUCUGGUUGAAAACAUGUACUCUGCAAUGUCUCCCAAUGAAAGGCUAACCCUCUUAGAGCUGAUCUCUGCCCAGCUAAGUGGCGGCGAGUCAGUGGAUAGCGGCAUCCCUGCCGGCGUGGCUCGCUUCCUCGCCUCCUCCUUCCAGAAAGGUUGCGGAGCCGUGCUGAGCCUCGCCACUGGCUCUGCCUCGAAUGACGAGGUCCUGCAGGAGGCGCUGACAGUGAUCAGUCUACUUGACGUGCUGUGUGAGAUGACCUCACACCAAGGACAGUUCAUGUUCCUACAGGACCAUCCGGACCUCCUGGUGACCACCAUCGAGCUCCUGAAGCAAGUUCACACCAUUGGAAAGAGCAGUAAGAACAUCUUCAGCUCCGCUCAGAACUUCGACGCCCUGGUCGACGAGGAGAAGGACCCGUCUAGCCAAUCUCCCGUCACCAGCUUCAAGGCUCACCUCAUCAGGCUCAUCGCAAACUUGUGCUACACCCACUCUGCCAACCAGAACAAGGUGCGGGAACUGGAAGGUAUCCCCCUCAUUCUGGACAACUGCAGAAUCGACAGCAACAACCCGUUCAUCAGCCAGUGGUCUAUUUUAGCCAUGCGGAACCUCUUCGAUCACAAUCUGAAGAACCAGGAGCUGCUGGCCUCGAUGGAGCGCUGCGGUGACGCCGACUACUCCGCGCUCAAGGACUUGGGCUUUCGUGUGGAGGAGCGGGAUGGCACCUUGUUGCUUAGACCCACGAAGAAGGACGUAUGAGGUUCUCAAGAGCGACUCUCGACUGGAACACAGGUUUUAAAAAUGGGAAUAGAAUAGUGUAGGAAGGAAUCACGUAGUACAGUGCACUUAUAGCACUUAAACAAUGCUUGAUAGAUUCAGUAUUAAAAGUAUACAGGAUUUGCAUGGUAGAAAAGUGAGGUUUAGGCUUUAGGACCUCUUCAUGCUGCUAUCUUUUGGAUAAGAGCUUUGCUAUAAUCCAAAGAAUCUAAUAGGCUAUGUCCAUUAGGCAGAGGGCGGCGACUAGAGUGACAUGAUUUGACAACUAGGUGCUUGCUUGGCUGAAACUUAGAUAAGACUAGACAUUUUACAAUCUGCAUUUUCAAGAUUGUGUGCGAUUUGUUUGGUUUUUGAAAGAGAAGUUAUUAUUUUAUGCAGUGCGCACGAACCUGGCAACUCACCAGUUUGCUGUGAUGUGGAGCGAAGAAGCCACUGCAUGAAGCAAGGAGGGAGCUCCGAAGACGUUUGGAUUCAAGGAUCCUGUUUUUGAUAAACGCGGGAACAUGGAGUUUUGCAACUCAAAGAUAAGAGACACAACAACAAUUGCGACACCUAACAUCAUCGGUCACUAUAAAACCCACAAAGACGGCAAAGCUACGUUAACGUCACAGUUUAGCUAACUGAUAGCUGCUCAAACAUGAUACAGAGACAAUACAGAGACAGGCUUCGGAACCAUGACAAAACCAUGUCAAUAUGUUAGUACAGCUAACUAACACAGGUAUAGAUACUGAGUACAGAUUCAUAUGCGACUGAGCAAGAUUGUACAACUUAGCCCAAGUAAUGACUCGACUUGCUUGGAAUUUAGUGGGGACUCGACUCGACUUGAUUUUUUUCCACAGUAACUUGGGACUUGAUGGAAACUUGAAGGUUAAGACUGGAGACUUUAUGAGUUGCACAUAUGUGACUUACUCCCAACUCUGCCGUUAGGUAGUAAGUUAAAUGCUGAACCCCUAUGAGCUUUGAAUCAUGUAAAUAACAAUAGUUACAUAUAAUCCACUGGCACUAUGCUAUUUUUCAAAGUUUUAGGCUUUUUGCAUUGCAGACAAAGUUACAUUCUGUUUCGACUUCAUAUUACUCUUCCACAUGUAAUCCAAAUCCAUUGCACUGUUUGUGGAUAAAUGCAGGGUUGAAAGGGCUCAAGACAUUCAAUCUAGCUAAUUACUUCUUUCUUCAACCUCACAACAGCUUUUCUUCACUUUGUGAAACUAUAUUGAAGUUAACUUUACUCCAGCUUUAGAAAAUAAAACCUGUAAUUUACUGUUUGUUUCUGGUAACUGGAGGUGAGAAGAGGGGACCAGAGAAGCGUUAGUUUAACAGAAUCCCGACCCGAUAAGCUGAACAGUCCUGACACUUCAACAAUGUGGCGCUUUAUGGGCCCGCCUGCGCUCUGCCCCACCCUGUUUGCUCUUUCCCAUUUUGUUAAUGACAUGAUGCACUGAAACAAUCGGUCAGACUCUCCCCUCAAUCCGCCGCCAUAGUGCGGGGAGCUUACUCGGUUCCGGUCCCCAAAGAUUUCAGACAGCUAACAAAACAGCGGUUUACUUGCGCUCGACCGACUUGCUGUAAUGCUUUUGAGCCCCACAGGAAAGAGGCUGUCCGAGUCAUUCAGCGCUGCCACGGGCGUCUGGUCACCUCCUAACAUAUUAGCCAGGACCACAACUUCUUGGGUUUCUCAUAUCAGCGUUUUAUACCGUAUUGUGUUUGCAUCUCCAGCAAAAAAAAAAAAGAGUUCCUGUUUGGAUAAGGCUUAAUAAAGACAUUUGUUUGCUACCCACAA